AUGACAGCCAAAGAGUACCUCGGCACGCGCGUCUCGUCGCUCAAGCCGCCCAUGGCACCGGUUCCCAACCCCAUCGCGCUCCUCAAGACGCUCGACCGGCUCCAGUGGCUCAACUUUGGUGUUGGCUUUGCGGCCUGGACGUGGGACGCCUUUGAUUUCUUCACCGUCUCGAUGACGCUCUCGGAUCUCGCCAAGGAGUUCAACAAGAGCAACACGGACAUUACGUGGGGGAUCUCGGUCACGCUCAUGCUGCGUCCGAUCGGAUCUAUCCUCUUUGGCAUUGCGGCCGACCGGUACGGCCGCAAGUGGCCAUUCGUUGUCAACAACAUCCUCUUCAUCGUGCUCGAGCUCGCGACGGGCUUUUGCAACACGUUCACGCAGUUUAUGUGGGUGCGCGCGUUCUACGGCAUUGCCAUGGGCGGUAUGUGGGGCAACGCGGCGGCGACGGCCCUUGAAGACGCCCCGCAACGGCCCGCGCAAGGCUAUUCGUUCGGGUACCUCCUCGCGGUCGUCUUUGCCCGUGUGUUUGUCAACACGACGAGCCAUGGAUGGCGUCCGCUCUUUUGGUUUGGCGCAUGUCCGCCAGUCCUCAUCAUUCUCUUCCGCAUGAUGUUGCCCGAAACGAAAGCGUUCACAGAGCGCCACCUUCGUCGCGCGGACGCAGCCUCGUCGACGUUUGUUUCGGAAGGCAAGCUUGUGCUUCAGCGUCAGUGGGUCCUUCUCUCCUACCUUGUGCUGCUCAUGACUGCCAUGAACUUUCUCUCGCACGGUUCGCAAGAUCUGUACCCAACGAUGCUCAAGAACACACUCUUGUUCAGCGCGAAUGAGGUCACAGUGACGCAGGUCAUCGCCAACGUCGGUGCGAUCGUGGGCGGCUCGGCCAUGGGCUACUACUCGCAGGUGUUUGGCCGCCGCUUUAGCAUCCUCGCGUGUGUCGUCGGCGCAGCUUGCGUUCUGUACCCGUACUGCUUCUCGACGGGUCAUGGCAUCAUCGGCGCCGCCUUCUUCAUGCAGUUCUUUGUCAUGGGCGCAUGGGGUGUGAUCCCGAUCCACCUCAUGGAGCUCGCGCCGCCGUCGUACUCGACGUUCAUCGUCGGCACCUCGUAUCAGCUCGGUAACCUCAUCUCGGCGACCGCGUCGACGAUCGAGGCGUCGCUCAGCGAAGUGUACCCGCUGCCAGCGACAGAAGCCGGCGUGGAGCGUUUUGACUAUGCCAAGGUGAUUGCACUCUUGUUGGCGAUCGUGCUCGGGUCGUUGGCGCUGCUGACGUUCAUCGGGCCCGAGAAGCGCGGCCAAGAGUUUGAUCACGACGAGACCCUCGACGGCCCGAUCGUGGACGACGACGACGGUGACGUUGAAAAGCCCAAGUUGUAG